UUUUUGAAAUCUUAAAGCUAAUGACAGAUACUCAGAUACCACCUUCUGGAUGGUUGGAACUUUUAAAAGUAAAAUAGAAGAAUUUUUUUGUUGUUGUUCUGUUCCCACUCUGUUUUUUCUUUUUUAAUAUACAUGUAUAUAUAUUUCGGGGUUAUGCCGGAAUCAAUUUGUUUGAUUCUGUAUUCUGGGUCUUUAAAUCAGGCCAAUUCCAAGUUUUUAGAAUUUGUAGAAUUCAGGGGUGCAUUCUGUUUCCUGAGGAAAUAAAAAAUAAUUAUCAACCAUGAAGCUAGAAGGUGUUGAUAAUGAAUUACAGAAGAUUUUGGAUGCUAAAAUGGAUGAAGUGGGCGCUAGAAAGCGUGCACGUGAAGCCUUCAAGGAUAUUCAGCUUGGGAUUGAUCAUAUACUGUUUAAGACUCCAUGUGAUGGACUAAAAAUGAAAGAGACUUAUGAGGUGAACUCAAGGGGCGUAGAGAUCUUUUAUAAAAGCUGGCUUCCUGGGGAAUCUAAGCCCAAAGCAGCUGUAUUUUUCUGUCACGGUUAUGGAGACACUUGCACCUUUUUCUUUGAAGGAGUUGCUAGAAAGCUGGCAUCAUCUGGAUAUGGAGUUUUUGCUAUGGAUUAUCCUGGAUUUGGUCUUUCAGAAGGUCUCCAUGGCUUUAUUCCCAGUUUUGAUGAGCUUGUUGAUGAUGUCAUUGAGCAGUACUCCAAAAUCAGAGAAAACCCUGAGUUCCAUUCUCUUCCCAGCUUCCUAUUUGGAGAGUCCAUGGGUGGAGCUGUCGCGUUGAAGGUGCACCUGAAACAACCUAAUGCAUGGGAUGGCGCCAUUCUUGGUGCACCAAUGUGUAAAAUUGCAGAUGACAUGGUUCCAUCAAAGUUGGUCACUCAGAUCCUUAUUGGUAUAGCCAAUGUUCUUCCGAAGCAUAAAUUAGUUCCACAAAAGGAUUUAGCAGAUGCAGCAUUCAGAGAUUUGAAUAAGAGGAAGCAGGCAGCCUAUAAUGUCAUUGCUUACAAGGACAAACCACGCUUGCGGAGCGCUUUAGAAAUGCUUAGAACUACUCAAGAAAUAGAACGGCGGUUGAAUGAAGUCUCUCUACCAUUGUUAAUCCUUCAUGGGGAUGCUGACACGGUGACUGAUCCAUCAGUGAGCAAAGCCUUGUAUGAGAAAGCAAGCUGUUCAGACAAGAAGCUUAAGCUUUACAAUGAUGCCUACCAUGCUCUUCUUGCGGGUGAGCCUGAUGAAGUAAUAAUUCAAGUUUUUGGUGACAUCAUUUCUUGGCUUGAUGACCACAGCUUGAAACAUUAUCAAUCUUCACCUUGAUACUAUUCAAAAGAAGAAUAUUCAGAUUGUUUUCAGUUGAUAUUUACUUCUACUUUGGUAGAUUGAACAUCAAAAUUUGAAGUUGUUUAUUCUUUACCAUCUUAGUCAAUUACUAGUGUAGCAUUGUUUAAUGUGAAUAAUACAGAAAUAAAGAAAUAUAGUGGGAAUGCAAAAUCUAUUGGCCCUUAAGCUUGCUUGAUUAAGGUUUAA